AAGUGUCGUAAAUUUCGGUUAAACGUCCCGAAGUUGUCUGUGUCACUGGGGGCCGGGUGUUGCCUUUGUUGAUAACAGUUAUCACAAAAUUGCCACAAUUCUAAUUACUUAGUUUUUUCGUUCCGUUUGUGUUGCCUAAUUGGUGUUUUUUUUGAAAACUUAACCUAAAAAAUGUGGAAAGCGGCGGCAGGUCAGCAAAUUAAUUUAAACGACCAGCCCACCGAGGAUGACGAGUGGGAGACAGACCCGGAUUUCGUCAAUGACGUGAAUGAGCAGGAGCAGCGAUGGGGCUCUGCCACCAUUGCGGGGUCUGGGAGGACAGCUGGGGCUAUAGAUAUGAGUCAGUUGAGGAAGGAGACGGAGGAGGCGGACGCGCUGAAGAAGAAGAAACAGUUGGAGGAAGGGGCCAGUAAUCCCGCUUUUGGGUACGGGGGCAAGUUCGGGAUUGAGAAAGACAGGAUGGAUCAGUCGGCCGUGGGGCAUGAGUAUGUCGCGAAAGUCGAGAAACAUGCCUCACAGAAGGACUACAGUGCGGGCUUUGGGGGCAAGUUCGGGAUACAGGCCGAUAGGGUAGAUAAGAGUGCCGUUAGUUGGGAGCACAAGGAAAAAAUCGAGAAACACGCCUCCCAGAAAGACUACGUCACCGGUUUCGGCGGCAAAUUCGGCGUCCAAACGGACCGCCAAGACAAGUCGGCCGUUGGCUGGGAUCACAUCGAAAAAAUCGAAAAACACGAAUCGCAGAAAGAUUACGUCAAAGGCUUUGGCGGGAAAUUCGGCGUCCAGUCGGACCGCCAAGACAAGUCGGCCGUGGGCUGGGACCACCACGAAGCCCCCCAGAAGCACGAAAGCCAAACCGACCACAAAAUCGGCUUCGGCGGAAAAUUCGGACUCCAAACCGAUCGCGUGGACAAAUCCGCUGCCAAUUUCAACGACGAACCGGCGAAAGUCGGCACGAAUUACACCAAAGUCAAGCCGGACAUUGGCGACGCGAAGCCGAAGGACUUGAGGGCCAAAUUUGAAAAUAUGAGUUCGCAGGAGAAGCAAGAAGUUGAGAAAAUCUCAACUCCUAAGAAAACGGUUCAUGCCAGAGCCGCCAUGUUUAAUAACAAAAUGGAGGAAACUGCACAAAGUACGCCUACACCAGAAAGAGUGCCUAAAGUGUUGGACUCGUCGAAAACGGCGUUUUUGACGCAGACGAGUCAAGCGGAGACACCAAGUGGCGAAGUGCGAGUUCCGAAGAGUUUGGAUGAGUCGAAGAAGGCGUUUUUGGCGCAGGAAACACGGGAGGAAGUUAGAGUUGUUCCGGGACAGUUGGAUCAGAGCAAGCUGGCUCAGUUUAGUAGCGAAAAUCAUGAGGUGAAUGAAGAACAGGAAGAAAUUUACGAAAAUGUCACUAGUCAAGUUACGAAUGAACAACAAGAGGAGGUUUAUUACACGACUGAUGAAAUUGUGGAUACGGGGAUUUCCGCAGUGGCGCUGUAUGAUUAUCAAGCGGCGGCUGAUGAUGAGAUUUCCUUCGAUCCGGAUGAUAUUAUUACCCACAUUGAGAAGAUUGACGAGGGUUGGUGGAGAGGUUUGUGCAAAGGCAAAUAUGGAUUAUUUCCUGCAAAUUACGUUCAAGCCAAUGAGUGAUAACACUGAUAACUUGAGUUGCUAUAAAGGCCUAUAAAGUACUUAAUGGGUUACUUGCCCUUAUUUUAUUUUUUUUACUGUUUUAUUCAAAUGACUAUCAUAUAUGUAUAUGCUUCCAUUCACAAAGUUUUAUAAUAAAGUAUUUUAAACUGA